AUGGUGGCAUUCAAGAACAUAUACGAAAAGUACAUUAGCGUGGAUGAAGUAGCCGGUGGUCAAACAACGCUCAGAGGAGAUAGCGAGACGGUUGGCUUUAACGAGCGCUUUUGGAUACGCGUCCAGCACGAGUAUAAACACAAAGCUGGAGAAGAGGAUAGGAAGAAGACCGGUAAGACUCGUCCGCAGGAGAUUGACGAGGUAGGAAGCAAUCACAAAUUUCAGGCAUGGGGAGCAGGACGAUCCGUGGUAUCGGUGGACGAUAGCAAAGCGCUCAAGAAAGCCCGAAAAGAAGGAGCAUUAUCCGAGGCGCUAUUGGAUCGACGGAUCAAGCUCAAGAGGUACGUAUUCUCGCCUGUCGCCAGCGCGCCUUCCGAGGCUUCGUGCAAGUGCAGUGUUCUUCAACGCAAUUUGCGAGCAGAAAAUGUACCCUCAAUUUUGGGCAAUUCCGGUUGUCAAUUGUAUUCUAUUCAAUCAUUUUCGGGAACAGUUCACCGCACAGCAACAUACGCAGCGGCCGUUUUAUGCCAAGAUGUGGCGAUACGAUACAAACCAGGAGCGCAGUUGUGA